CCCACAUCAGUCAUAUGACCGCGGUGUUUAGGGUUUCUGUGAUGAGGAAGUGAUUGCUGUUUAUUGCGCUACAGUUUUGCAAAGUUUGCUCUGAUGCUAUAGUAUCAUAGCUUUCUUCGUCAAAGAACGACCGAGAGAAUACUGAACAGCAUGGUCACAAGGGCUGGUUUGAUGGGAGUACGAAGCUGGAUCGCAUUACUUUUUUCAGUUCUAUCGUCAAGUCGAUGCACCUCUUUUGGCCAGAUUGACCCCCUGGUCUAUGAUGAGCAAUUGCUGUGGGUGAGGGGCGGGGCAGGAGAGGUGGACACUUACCGGAUCCCACUGCUCUCCUUCACCCCCAAGGGCAGUCUGCUGGCCUUCGCUGAGGCCCGGAAGAAGUCCGCCUGUGACGUGGGGGCCAAGUUCCUUGCCAUGCGACGGUCCACAGACCGAGGUGCCACGUGGUCUCCCACCACCUUCAUAGUAAACGAUGGCGUCCUGGCUGACGGACUGAACCUCGGUUCAGUGGUGGUGGAUGAGGAGACUGGCUCUGUGCUACUGAUCUACUCUCUGUGCUUCCACCAGUACCAGUGUGACCCCGCCAGUAUAAUGCUGGUGGAGAGCAUGGACGACGGACUCAGCUGGAGCCCACCAAGGAACCUCUCGGUCCAGCUGGGGGUCAAGAACUUCGUCCCUGGGCCCGGCUUCGGCAUUCAGAAGCACUACCCUCCUGCUAAGGGGCGUCUGGUGGUGUGUGGACAUGGCACCCUGGAGGGUGACGGGGUCUUCUGCAUUCUGAGUGACGAUCACGGACGAAACUGGAGGAAUGGCGCCGCGCUGAAGAGCAUCCCCUACAACCAGCCCAAACAAGCCCUGGACUUCAACCCAGAUGAGUGCCAGCCUGUAGAGAUGGAGGACGGUAGCAUCGUCAUCAACGUGCGCAACCAGAACAACUACCACUGCCGAUGUCGCAUGGUGGUGCGCAGCCUGGACGGGGGUGAGACGCUACCCUUGGAGCAGCUGUUGUUUGACUCCACCCUGAUAGACCCUGUGGUAGCGGCAGGGGCGCUGCAGAAGGAAGGCGUGAUGUACUUCACCAACCCAGCUGACAGUACUCACAGGGUCAACCUAACCCUGCGCUGGUCUCUGACCAAUGGCACGUCGUGGGAGAAGAAGGCCGUCCAGAUCUGGGCGGGGCCAAGCGGCUACUCCUGUAUGACAUCACUUACGAGCGGCGGCGCAGAGGACAGGAAGUUUAUCUUCGUCAUCUACGAGAAAGGCCACAAGGACUACUAUGAGACCAUCUCCUUUGCCAAGAUCCACCUCUACGGUGGACUGUAGUAGAAUAAGGCUGGGGGGGGGGUACUUGGUAGAGUCUGCUUCUAACCACUAGUCCAUGGUCAGGGUCCGUAUUCUCAAAGCCUCUCGGAAUGCUGAACUAGGAUACAUUUGGACUUUUAGAUCAUAAUGAAUUAGAUGGCAUAGACGGGGGACCUGAUCCUAGUUAAGCACUCCUACUCUGAGAUGUUUUUUAAUUUUUAUAUAAUCCCAAAUAUUUUUAUCCGCUUAAUAAUAGUUAUGGUUAGGAUGGGGAUUGGUGAAUUUCAUCUGUGGUUAGGGGGAGGAAGGGGGACUCAUUGGACUUUGCAACACAACUUUAUUUUGAUAGGUGAAGGGAGACAUGGAGAAAUACAAACUACUGCUGUUGUACGGCACCAAGAAUGACAGGUUUGUGCCAUUUUAUCUUUAGGUGGCUUUUAAAUACAUCAUGAUUUUAUUAAUUAGGGCAAAACGUAGCAAAACUCUUUCGCAACGGAAAAUGGAAAUGUGCUUUUCUUAUUGGACAAGUUCAGGUAGUUCCUCCCUGUUUUAGUCUGUUUUCCUCAAUUUGGUGCCUAAUGUACAUUUAUUAGAAUGGCCCAAUCACAGGUACCCCGUCCUUUAAUGAAGCUAUGAUAGUCUGUAAUGAUUGGUAGUAUGUUGGUGUACUCUUCCUGACUGGGCCUCCCAUAGCUGAGAGAGGAAGAAAUCCCUCACCAACAUCUUUUAUUUUGUGAUGUGGGGAAGGAAAAAGGUUUGGGUGGGGUAUGCGUCUCCAAGCCAUACAAAUAUUUGGACAGACUUACUAAGCGUUUGCAACUGUGCUAUUUCCAUAGGGCAAAAAAAAUGAACAAAGAGUAAAAAUAUAGCUUUAGAGGAGGACAUUUUAACGCCUAGUAAAUCUAGCUCCCAUGCAUCACAGCCCAUAACAGAAUGGUUUCACUUUCAGAAUGGAUCUUGCCAACUUUUGGCAUAUGAGAAGACUGUAUGGUGAGACAAUAGUUUGAGGGAAUUGGACCUGUAAAUGAUUGACUUGUGUCAGAAUAGGACAUGCACAUUUUGAAUCCAUUAUUAUUUAUUUUUUCUUGAGCCAGGGAUGUUAUUGAAAUCCCCCUUGUGCUAUCAGUUGAACGUUUAUUAAAUAUUUUGCGGCAGUGUAGCCUAGUGGUUAGAGCGUUGGACUAGUAACCGGAAGGUUGCAAGUUCAAACCCCGAGCUUACAAGGUACAAAUCUGUCGUUCUGUCCCUGAACAGGCAGUUAACCCACUGUUCCUAGGCCGUCAUUGAAAAUAAGAAUUUGUUCUUAACUGACUUGCCUAGUUAAAUAAAGGUCAACUUUUUUUUGUUUGUUAUGUGAUUGUGUCACAAAUGCCUCAACUCAGUGCCUGGCACUCCCCUUGUAUGUGAAACAAUGUGACAAUUUACCUCUGGUUUCUAUAGCAUAUUUGAUCAGUCUCAUCUAGCUACCACACUUCUGUCCACAGCAGUUGUAGUUGUUUCUCUCAGCUCACCUUGCUGAACCUAGCUGUGAAGCCGACGUACUGGUAUGCAAUAGAUUCCUUGUUUAGUGGUAAGAGGCUGCACCUGGUUAAAUGCACACAAGGAUUUGGUUGGUAGUUCACUGAAAAUGAUUUUGAUGAGAAACUCUUGCCUUGUAUUGAAAAAUCUGGAUGCAUGGCAACUCAUUGUGUCAAGAAGUAUAACUGCCACAUGUUAUGGUCUUUAAGUCCACUUGAUUUUGUAUUUUAUUUUGCAUAUAUUCUUCUCUUAUUGUAAGACUACAUAUCUUAUGAAGUUUAUUAUCCUUCCUUUCCUGAAAGUGUGUAACUUCAAUAGAAUGCUUUCAAUUCAAGUUUUACGCUAAGAUUUGUGGUUUUAUCAUUUCAGAUGUGUUUUUCUGAUCAAGACAUUGAAUUCCAAUAUAAAUAGCGAUUAAGGGAGGUGUGAUGUGUGAGUACAAAUAUGAUAUUCUGUAUGUAACGUUUGGAUAUUGUACUGAUAUUUUUCCAAUUAGUGGUAAUAGAUCAGAACUGGGCUGCCUGUGUAAAAGCAGCCAUUGAACUACAAUAUGUGGAAACAUAUGUAUCAGUUCAUAAACCAUGGAAUGGGUACAUCAAAUCUUUUCCCAACUAUUUUGCUGUCUAUAUAGCACAGAUGUCAAGUUUUUGCUACUUAAAUUAAACUGGUAUACUUUUUUAUUCAUCACAAUUUUCAUUAACCAAUUUUGAUCUUUAAUGCAGGGCUUUAAUGCAGGGCCAUCUUUCACUUGCCUCUUCAAUUUUUGUAAUAAUGCUGCAAUUAGUUGGUUGUAAUCUUGAGUAGAGCAGACAUUUCCAUAUAUUUUUGUUAGCUGCCUGUGUGACAACUCCACCGGUCCUAUUUAUGAUAUCAUUUAUAAAGAUUAUACCAUAAAUGCUAUUUUAAUUUUUUUAAUCAAUUAUUAUAUUUGAGUUUAACCAUGAUAUUUGUUCUGUCUUUUCUGGUGGAUUAAACUGAAAUUGCAACCAA